GCCAGUGUUAGCGUUCUAAGUCUGCAGUUAGUCGGUUGCUGGCUCCCGGCGGCCAUGGAUCGCGGUCCGCCUCCCGAUGCUCCUGCGUCCUCGCUGGUGGAGGGGCUCAUCAAGUCCCCCAAGCCCCUGAUGAAGAAACAGGCGGUCAAGCGACACCAUCACAAGCACAACCUCCGGCACCGCUACGAGUUCCUGGAGACGCUGGGCAAAGGCACCUACGGCAAGGUGAAGAAGGCACGGGAGCGAUCCGGAAAGCUGGUUGCUAUCAAGUCUAUCCGGAAAGACAAAAUAAAGGAUGAGCAGGAUCUUGUCCAUAUUCGGAGAGAGAUUGAAAUAAUGUCAUCUCUCAAUCACCCCCAUAUCAUUGCUGUCCAUGAAGUGUUUGAAAACAGCAGCAAGAUUGUCAUUGUGAUGGAGUAUGCCAGCAAAGGAGAUCUCUAUGACUACAUCAGUGAGCGCCAGAGACUUACUGAACAGGAAGCUCGGCACUUCUUCAGGCAGGUGGUGUCUGCAGUCUACUACUGUCACAAGAAUGGAAUUGUUCACAGAGAUCUGAAGCUAGAAAAUAUCCUUCUGGAUGCUAAUGGCAACAUUAAGAUUGCAGACUUUGGCCUCUCUAAUGUCUUCCAGCAAGAUCGGUUCCUCCAGACCUUCUGUGGCAGCCCUCUCUAUGCAUCCCCUGAGAUAGUCAAUGGGAGGCCUUAUAAAGGACCUGAGGUUGACAGCUGGUCCCUUGGUGUGCUCCUCUAUAUCUUGAUUCAUGGGAUGAUGCCUUUUGAUGGCCAAGAUUAUAAGACCCUGGUCAAGCAAAUCACAAGUGGGGACUACAGAGAGCCCACAAAGCUAUCAGACGCCUGUGGCCUGAUCCGAUGGAUGCUGAUGGUAAACCCAGAGCGUCGAGCCACCAUUGAAGAUAUUGCCAGCCACUGGUGGGUGAACUGGGGUUACAAGGUGCCAGUUGGGGAGCAGGAGUCCUUGCGUGAGAAUGAAUCUCCACUGGCCACAGUGGCAGAGUGGCUGCGCCGCUCUUCAAGGCCCCUGUUUGAAAAUGGCUCCAAGGUACGCUGCUUCUUCAAGCAACACAUCCCUGGUGUCACACUUGAGAGGCAGCGCUCACUUAAGAAGUCCAAGAAGGAAAACGAUAUAGCGCAUGUUCUACAAGAAACAGGUCCUGCUCCAGAGAACUCUUCAAAGUCCAUCCUAAAGAGACCCAAAGGCAUCUUGAAGAAAAGAAAUUCCUGUGAGAAGUCCCAGGUUCCACCUGCAUUGCUGCUAGCAGCUCCUAUAGACAAAAGGAAGGAGGAUAGUACUGGACCUGCUAUAGACUUGGCUUGCGUCUUGUCAUCCAGGGCUUUGGCCUGCAAGGCAGAAUGUGUUGUAGCCACCCCUUCCAUGCCCAAGAAAGGAAUUUUGAAGAAGCCCCAGAAGAGAGAGUCUGGGUAUUACUCAUCCCCAGAGCGUAGUGAGUCUGGUGAUGUAUUGGACUCCGAGAACUUAGACCUUGAUGCUAGUGUCUCUGUUGGCAACCCCUCCCCUGCUCAGAGCCCCAGUGGCUAUCCUGCCCGACGGAAAGGCAUCUUGAAGCUCAAUGGCAAGUACUCCUCCAGCAGCACGGAGUCUGACAGCGUGCCUGCCAAGGUUUUCUCUUCAUUCGCUGAAGUUGCUUUGCCCAAGCUGCCUCUGGCCUCCCGUGUUCAUCCUUCUAGUGCAGUGAGUGAGGACAGCAUCCUUUCCACAGAGUCCUUUGACCAGCUUGACUUGCCUGAUCGAAUACUGGGUAAUGCUGGUGGGGCGCCCAUGCGUGGCUCAGUGUCUGUGGAUGAUCUCCUGCAGCUGGAGGAGGCAGCAGGGGACAUGGGUCGCCGGUUACGCCGCUGGACAGUGACUCGUUGUCAAAGCCCCCUUGCAGAUAGCUGCUUCUCUCUAGCGGACUGUGAAAAUGUCACUGAGGUCUACAAACGGGCUGUAGCUAUUAGCAUGAAACUGAGCUGAGGGACCCUUGGCCAACAAAGCCCCCUAGAAACUUUUGCUGCCAGACAAUGCAUACAUCUGCAGAGACAUUUGCAGCUUGGAUUUUGCUGGAAGGGAGCAGCACUGUCCAUAUGAUUUGCACUUCCCUUUGAGGUAGACAAGAGAGCUUUGACAGCCUUCUUUUCUCCCUGACAGGACCUGCAAGUGCAACAGCCUGGAAAUAUUUAUUUGCUGCAAAACUUAGACUUUUCUUGGAAUGUAUGGGGAGAACACUUGUGUGUUGUUGUUGUUUUUUAAAGGAUGGUUUGUAAAAUGGUACAACAGGGUAUAGGUGUAUGUUUGGAGAGAGAGAAAGGUAUGUUGAUGGAAAGUUAGUGAAUGUAAGAAAUUAGGAAUGGCAGUGCAGUGGGCUGCAGUGGGGAGAUACCUGUUAACUUCAAGACAAUGGGGUAAUGCUUAUGUUUUAAAAAAAAGGAAAAAUAGUCCCAACAUAACAGGGUGGGGAGGGGAGAGCGUGUUGGAAAUUCAUUGGUGUAAACCUCUGCUACUCUCUGGAACACCUCCAUCUCUCCAAACUGACCCUGACAAUUUCAAAUCCUAGCAACUGGAGUGGUUAUUUUUGUUUGCACUGCGCUCUUUAAAUUGCACAAGGAUGGUAGAGGUAGAAAUGCUUCUGAAGUGGAAUCAUGACAUAGCAAGGUAAGAAGAAAGGCACAGGCCUUGGGCUGAAAGUUGGCUCUCUGGCUUGUUAGAAAAUCUGCACUACAGACUUAAAGGAGUUUAACUGUACUGGUGUUUCCUUCCCCCUCCAAAAUAUCAGGCAAGGACUUGCCAACAGGCUUGUUCCCCCCCACCCCCAACAUAAAACCAGAGCUCCAAGUAUUCUAGAUGAGCCAUGGCAGUUAAAUUAAAACUUAAUCCCACCUCAUAGCGUGGAUGUCAUUUUGAGGACAUUAGACGGAAGAGAGGCACACAGGAAUUGGACAUCCUUUCCCUUUGCACAUCUCUACUUUGGUUAUCGUUUGCAAGACUGGAAUAAUUGAGUUCUGGCUUUGUAAAUUGCCCAAUAUGGCCAGAAGACUACCUCUCCUUACGCAUUUCUGCUCUCUGCAUCUUCCAAAAGUGGGUGAUAUAGUUCAGCUGGGCUACAGUAACUUUGACAGAAGGAAAGUUAGCCCAAGGUUACUAAAUCACAACAGCUGCCACAAGCAUCUAUGGAGAUUGGUAUAUGGUUUUGUUUUGGAAUGGGCCCGUUAAUUGGAGACUGGGCACUGAGGUUGUGAAGGAGUAUAUGAAGGUGCCAAAUGAAUGGCCAUUACUCCGUUGGUGCGGGGGGGAGGGGAGAACAUGGCUGUGAAAUAAUAUGUAUAAGAGACUUUGAAGAACUGGACAUUUAGUCCUGCCAAAAUAUGAUUAAAUAAGUAUGAUUCUUUAAAAAAAAAUUCUGGACUCUGUUUUGACUGGAUAUGUUACCUUGUCAUGAUGGAUUUUUAUAGUAUUAAAACACUGCCUUUUCUCAGCCAUGUGAGCAAUUUGACAAAAGUAAAGGAAAACCUGGAAUGAAUGUUUUAGAGUUUUUCUUUAGGAAGCAUUCACAGUUCCUGUUUUGAACCUGAAGGGAAGUGAUCUGAAAAGUGUAAUCUUAUCAUGCUUUGAAUUCUGAAUACCCAAUGCACUAUCUUGCUGCAUAUUCUCUGGUUGUCCUUCCAAGCUCUGUUAUGUUUCUUCCCAUCCGGCGAAGUUAACAAAUUAAAAGCAAAUGUGAGACCUUG